GGGCAGAUGAUCGUUUAAGGCGGGGCGAAGACCUACCUACUACCUCUCAACCAUCGGUCCCGCAUGUUUGCUGGUGUGGUGAAUUUUGUCAAAUGCGCACACACGUGAGCGUGGUUUAUGUGUGUACAGGCGCACAGCGACUCAGUUCGACAGUGACCGAAGACGCAGUAGGUAUCGCGCUCGCUGUGACGAUAGUCGUGCAAAGCUUUUCGGUCAGUUCGGUGGUGCGUGCUCUUAGCGAAAAGGUUUUGUUGAGGCCUCUUCUGCAAUGACAUUCGCAUUGUGAGAUACGAACUUCUAUUGAGCGUGUUAUCCUUCAACUCGAUUUUGAGCCUGUGAAACGCAGAUAACCUGCACGAUGGACAACUUUGAACGGAUACUGGUCGAUGUUGACUGCAGCCGGUAUGAGGAGGACGCAUUUUCGCUGCUGGACAAAUCGCGCGACGUGAACAUAGUGCGCGACCUGCGUUCGUCUACCGUGUCCGCGUUCGAUCAAACGAGUUUCCCGCAGCUUAACAUCUCCUCCCGCACGCAACUGAAGCAGCAGCUGUUUCGCGAACAGAUCAAAAACAGUGAACCGGGUCCACGGUCUAUGGUGACCUCACCGGGCCCCCCGGUACUGUCCGUACGGCUUCCGCUCGAGAACAUUGACAUCGAGCUGCCAAAGAAGGUGCUGCAGGUGGAGACAAAGCUCGAAAAUCCAACGCGGUACCAUGUGAUUCAGAAGCAGAAAACGCAGGUGCGGGAGUACGUGACGGCAGCGCUGAAGUUGACGAAACAGAACCUGGUGCGAGAAUCGUGUCGGCAUACGCGGCUCAUGAUACUUGGCCGGCUGUACGAUUCGUUCAUCAGCACGAAACCGUCCACGCAGCAGUCGGGUGGAGUACAGCCACCGGCUGCCGUUGCGACCGGGACUACCAGUAACGGUGGCGUUCCGAUGUCCACCAGUGGAAUGAACGGUCCGGGAAAGGUUAUGAACGCAUCGGGAGCUGCGGGCACCGUAUCCGCAAUGUCGACCGGAACUCCCUCGGCAACGCCCACCAUCGAACAGCAGCAGGAGUGGCGUCUGGAGAUGAAACUAUCCUGCCGCUUCGGCAACAAGCUGUACAAAACGUUCGUCGACGAGUUCGAUUACGUGCGCGAUCUGCUCGGGCUGAUCCGGUUCGAGAUUCCCAAGUGGGUGUUUGUGGUGUCGGAGUUUGAGGAUGAGAUUUCGUCGUACGAAUGUAACCGGGCGGCCCGGGCAGCACAGCAGGCAGCAGUAGCGGCCGCUUCGGCCGACCAGGAAUAUCUCGCCCGGCCUCCGCUGGUCGGCGAGAAGGGUUCCAAGCACGAGAAGUUUAUCGAGCCGGAGGUGCGCGAUCGGAUCAAGAAGGAUAAUCAUAACUGCAGUAGGUAUUGCUCCCGGGACGUGGACAGGAUCGUCCAUUAUCGAGCUGGUAUCGGUUAAGUUUGCCUGGGUAUCGUAACGUAUGCGUGGCGUUUUUGAAGCACAAACAAUUUGAUGAUGAUCAACUCAAUAUUUGAAUAACUCAUCCAGAGCUUUUAAAUCACAUUGACUCCUGUACAUUGCUUACCAGAGUAAGUGACUAAUGUUUUUUUGCUAGCGGCCAGGAAGAAUUCUUUCCGGCCAGCAGUGUCCCCGUUUUGGUCUUUCUUUUUUCCUCUCAUUUUGGAAGGGAAGGAUCCCUCACCGGGGUUUGAUCCAGAUGUGGUACGCAUCGCCUGAUGACUGACCCUGACAGAAGUGGCAGAAGACAUCACAACCAAAGGAACUCCCCAGCAGAGUUGUCUGCUGGAACUCUGGAGCUGUGGAACUGCAAAUAAAACCCUCCAAAAACAUUCCCCACCGA